AGUUGCACAUGCACACAGAGAAGAAAACCGGGUGGACAGCAGAAAUUAAACGCUUUGCACACAUCACCAGCACAGCAUGUAAAGCUGAAUCAAAGCCAAAGAAUACAGGUGCCUGGGAGAAAGAGACACCUUAAUAGAAAUGGCCUGACAGUGGAGGCAGAAGAGCCUGAAGACACAGGGGAGGUGAACUCACUUUUAAACAGACCAACGAAGCAAGCAGAAAACAAGAGUCAAAAAUACGUUCAACAGGCCUGAAUCGGCAGCCUCAUGGCCACCAACAACAAUGCUAGUAUUGCUCAGGCUCGCAAACUAGUGGAGCAGCUCAAAAUGGAGGCCAAUAUCGACAGGAUAAAGGUCUCCAAAGCAGCAGCAGAUCUGACAUCAUACUGUGAAGCCCACGCUAAAGAGGACCCCCUGCUGUCCCCUGUACCUGCAUCUGAGAACCCCUUCAGGGAGAAGAAGUUCUUCUGUGCCAUCCUGUAACCAACGCUGCCAGUCAUGGACUCUCCUGCUCCCUCUGGGAUACUCUUAUGGACAUAAAACAUGUUGAUCAUUUACAAGGCCUAUAGAGGUGCAGUAGAAAACACUUAAAUUCUUCUGGCGUUCUAGGAGCCCUGAUUAAGCCACUGACUCCACCCAGUGGCCUUGAGAUCCAAAGCUAAACAUGGUAGCGUGUUGAAAUUCAGGAGGGAGCGCAGUAAAAAACAAAUGACUGUUAUUGUAGCAGAUCAACCAGGAUGUGUUGUGAAAAUAUUAAAGUAUUCAAAGGUUUCUGUGGUUCUCAUGAAUUGUUUUUUAUUUUUAUUGAUUAGUAGUGGGCUGUGAUCGUAAAUCUGAUCACUACCAUGGAUUAUUACAUAUAUUUUGUUAUUUUAUUUUUAAUGAUCUUUUUCUUUCAGAAUGAAUUGAUAUAGGCCUACUAUUUAGGUAGAUUUCUGUAGCCAUGUGUGGGUACAGCAAAAACUGUUGUUGUAUAUAUAUAUAUUUUUUACAUUUAAAUAAUGAUAGUUGAGUGAACUUUUAUAAUUAACUAAUUUACGCUUGGACAAAUAUUCUUAAAACUAAAUACUUAUCAUUUAGAUGCUGAUUACAUUAUUUGACUGUACAGCAAACUUUCUUUGUUUUGUUUUUGGUCUUAAGCAUAGUUUUUACUCUUUGUACAAAAAUGUUAGCAAGUUCCACUGCUGUGCUAUAUGUUUUGAAUAUUUGUGGUGAUAUCAAUAAUAACUGCAUGAAGCCUAACAAAGUGCUCUCUAUUUUCUUUAAGACUGACAGAUUACCACAAAUCAUAUAACAAAUUAAAACAACACUCUUCUACUGAGACCAGAAACUUCAACAAUAGCUGUUAUCCCCUAAUCCUAAUGUCUUCCAUCAAAUCACAGAUCACUCUCUGCAUAGCUUGGUUACUGAACGUCUUGGUUACUGUCGUAACCUCCAUUCCCUGAUGGAGGGAACGAGUCUUUGUGUCGAUAUAGUGUCACUAGGGGUCGCUCUUGAGAGCCCAAAAACUCCUCAUAUCUUAGAGAAAAGGCCAAUGAGAACUGGCAAUUGGAAUUUGCAUGCCACUCCCCUGGACAUACGGAUAUAAAAUGGAGCUGGAAUGCAGAGUUCAUUCAGGUUUUGUGCUGAGGAGCUGAGACAAGGUCCCCUAAAUUCCAGCGGGUAGGACACCCUGUGGCAAGAGGGACACAAGAUCUUGUUCCCUCCAUCAGGGAAUGGAGGUUACGACAGUAACCGAGACAUUCGCCUUCUGUCACUUACUCAGCGUUGUGUCGAUGUAGUGACACUAUGGUUCCCUAUAAGAAAUACCACAAUGGCUGAACUGUGUUACAUGAACUGCCAAUGCAAGUGUAAGUAGGCUACUGCUAGCAUUGGAACAGAUGCACGUGGACUGCACGUAGCCUCCACAGAUGCCCCCCACCCCACCCAAAAAAACAGAUCUAGUAUGGGAGCAGGCCGCACCAGCCACAGCUUUUUCUCUCUAGGUUUUUCUCUCCACAGAGUUUUAGAUUCGGCUGGGGCCUUUUAAUGCUCAUUAAAUGCACUGGGGAAGGUGUCCUUUUCCUUUUCAAUUCUUUCAGGGGGAAAAGACCCCGCGGAGACCACACCCUGCCCCAAAGGGGGGGUAAACAUGUGACAAAUACGUCACAUGGGCUCAAGGCCAAGGGAGACGUUGGUCUAAUGAAAGGAGACUGUGCUGCAGAAGAUACAUCACAGGAGGCUACCGGGGAAACCGACACCUGUGGAGCACUUACAGUAUUCACAUCGCUUCACUUUUCCACAUUUUGUUAUGUUACAGCCUUAUUCCAAAAUUGACUAAAUUAAUAAUUUUGUGAAUACUUAUGUACAUGUGAUUUUUUAAUUUUUACAAAAUUUGCAAAGAUUUAAAAAAACUUCUUUCACGUUGUCAUUAUGGGGUAUUGUUUGUAGAAUUUUGAGGAAAAUAAUGAAUUUUAAUCCAUUUUGGAAUAAGGCUGUAACAUAACAAAAUGUGGAAAAAGUGAAGCGCUGUAAAAAAUUUCCGGAUGCACUGUACCCCAGUACAAGGCACAUUAGCACACAUACAGGGUCUGACUACAAAUUCCUCCUCUGAAUUUGUGAGCCAGAGGGCUAGGAGGAAAGACAUCCAGCGUUCCAGUCGUGAACUCGCAUUGGAGAAAAAGCGCACAAAUUCACCUCCUGGAGGGGAAAGGUGCUAUACGCAAGCGUUACACCCGGCCAGCUUCCCCGCAUUACGAAACUUACCUGUUUGUAACUGAAAGAACACGGGACAAAACCGGCUCAACCCGGAGAUUGUAGAAUCUUGCAAAAGUAUUGUGUGUUACCCAGCCCACUGCUCUGCAGAUGUCUGCUAGAGAGGUGCCAUUGGCCAGUGCCCACAACGAUGCCACACUCCUUGUAUAGUGUGCUUGAACCCGUAAGGGGGUAGGCACGGCCUGAUUCUGGAAGGCCAAUGCAAUGGCGAGUGAGAACAUGAACCAUCCACGAAUUCUUCCUAAACGUGAUCAUAACUCAGACAUGUGAGGCAGCAAUCGUGACUGUCAGAAGUGGAGAGGUAACAACCACACCCAGGAACUGCACAGAGCCGGAAGGGCAUCUUUAAAAAGAUGUGUCUUUAAAAAGAAGUUCACAUCAAUAUGCUUGCUCUAAUAGAGGAGGGGCGUACUGAGUGUGCAAAUGGAGAGAAAGCCGCUGGAAUGCGCUGAAUAACCAACAGCAAAUGCUUCAUGAAGAGGUGAAUGGAACAGCAGUGAAAUUCAGCUCGCUGAUACACAACCACUUGGCUCCGAAGAAAAAAAUAUGAAUGAACUCUGCAUUCCAGCUCCCUUUUAUACCUGUAGGCUAUGUCCGGGGGAGUGGCAUGCAAAUUCCAAUUCCAAUUCUCAUUGGCCUUUUCUCAAAGAUAUGAGGUGUUUGGGGCUCUCAAAAAUGACCUCUAGUGUCACUACAUCGACACAACGUUGAGUGAGUGACAGAAGGGGAACCAUUGAAUCAGUAGUCUUCUUUAUCUCUUUCAGCAAUGUGCUGGGCAUUACUGGCGUGAUCAUAAUCAAAGUCAUGCUCUACAUAUGGGGCUACAUAUGGGAUGGGGCUACUCCAUAAUUUUAUCUCAAAACUAAGUAAUCUUUCCUAGACAUACAUGAUAGGAACUGUGGUCAUAGUAUAGGAUUUAAUCAUACGUUUAAAGUGAGGAACAAAUCGGGAUUAAUAAAGGCAGAAACUGAUGAGACAAUGUGAUUUCACAUGAACUUAAAAGUGUGCUGUGCAAUUUUAUAACUCCAUACUGUGUGUACCUCUUUUUUGUGCUCACACGUCAGUGGUCAUAUUUACAGUAGAUUAUGUAUGCCUUAUUUUCCGCUGUAAUGGAAUAUGUAUUGCCAUUUCUGUGCAUGUCUGUUAGAAAAUCAUAUUUAGUCCUACAGUAUAACAGGGAGUUAGUAUAAACAAUAUGUAUAGCACACAUUUUUGGAGAGAGGAGGAAAGUGAAUAGUCUACAACCCUUAAAAAUAAAUUAAUAUGAAUAAAUAUAUACAGACGGGAGAAAUUACUGCAACAAACUCAUACUUUGGAAUGGAAUAAAAAUCAUCAGACUCUUCUCUGCUAUUGUUAAUGACAUAAAUGAAAAUGUAUGAUUUGACUAAAUUACUCAAAUGCAGCGCAACUGAGCCAGCAAAAGAGAGUAACAGGAAAUAAAUGUGCAUGUCUAUACAGAAAAUUAUACAGUAGGCUUCACUUCAUAGAGCAUGUAAACCUCUUUUUGCAGUUAAGGUUUAACAAGAAUACAGGCCUUAGUUGAACAACAGUAUGCACGUUUUUAUCAGUUGAAUAAGUUUUUUUUAACUUGACACAGCGUCUAAAACUAAAAUGCUAAAAACGCAGUGAAACGUGAUGCAGUUUUCAAAAGACAUCCAUCUCACGAAUGUUUACAAGGAAAACAAUUGAAAAACAGCGCGAGCGGACGAAAGAACGCGUUCAGUUUGAACAGCCUCUUGUUCACAUGGCACAGCACUAGCUGAAUUUUCUCCUUAAGUUACCUCUUAAAAAAGACAGCCUUUUGUUUCAGUUGAUUGUAGUUAAGUUUCCACUGUAUUAGCGCUGUUUGUUCUCUGUAUUCGUAAAUAUUCCAAUACUGUUUUACUGUGUGAGAAACCGCUCCAAAUGAUUCAGUGAGAGAGCGCUCCGAAUGAAUUGUACUGAAUCACGAAUCGAUUCGGACCGUUUGCAAGCCGUUUGACCAAUUCACUGAAAAGAGCCGACUCAAUUAAUCAUUCGAAACUUGAGCAUUGUAAGUUCUUCUAAACAGCCAACAGAAAUACGGGACACAUUUCAUGAUUUAUGAAAUAUUCUGAGAGUAAAUAUUUCUCAGUUGGAGCGCUCAUGGUACACACAGUGCGUACAGCCGUACAGCUGCAAGCACCACUGUCCUCAACAACACAUCAACACCUGGUUUACCUUUAAUCACUUCUGUAGCCCGCCCUGUGGUGAGCAGUGAGAUGGCAAGUAAAGAGAGCAGGUCAGUAAAGAGCAGAGAGUCAAUCAUAACAGUGGGUGUUUACUGUCAAGUCAUAAAUGAGAAGCAGCACUAAACCGAGCGUUUAAAAGAGGGUGGAAAAUGAUCACGUUUUACAAAUAUAUAUCUCUUUUUGUGCAAAAAAUCUUUACUAUAAAUGAACCUUAAGGAACAUUUUAAAAUAAUAAAAAAGGAGGCCAUGACCUCUUUAAAGAAAACUUGAUCAUUGAAUUAAUCUUUUAUUGAUUAUUAAAAUGAAUUACUGAUGACGAGCUGAGGUAGCUGACAAGCUUACAAAUGUGAUGAUUAAAGUAACAACAUGGUUGAAUCAAUCGUGUUUACAACUCAAUGUGUCAAAAACUGUGGGUAUGUUCUUCACAAAAUCACAUAAGAUAACCAAAGAUGCAGAUAUCUUAGUGUCAGGUGAAAAAAUACAAAUUGUCCAAGAAUACAAAUAUUUCAGCAUUUAUUUAGACACCAAAUAAAAUUUUAGAUCACAUGUAAAGCAAACCUGUAAAAAAGUCAAAUUUAAUCUAGCAAAUUUCCGAGUUAUUAGAAACUCAAUGUCUAUUCAAGCGGCCAAAACUUUUUUGCACUCAAUGAUUCUAUCCCAUUUUACCUACUGUUUAACGAGUUGGUCCCAGUCUAACUCGACUACUUUGAAACCACUACAGUCUUUAUACAAACAGUCACUCAAAGUACUUGAUAAGAAACCAAAGCAUUUUCACCACUGCGCCAUUUUAUUAAAAUACAAUAUUUUAAGUUGGGAAAAUCUAAUUAAGUUCACAAAUUGCUGUCAGGUCUACAAAAUCUUACAUGGGAUGCACCGCCACCCCUUGGUGAUUUUGUCAAUCUUAGAACAACCACACACAGAAUCACCAGAGGAGUGUCAAGAGGUGACUGUACUAUCCCACUUAGAAAAAGUGCUUUUAGUCAGUCCACCUUCUCCGUUAGGGCUUCUCUGGAGUGGAACACCAUUCCGGCUUCAAUCAGAGACGUCAAAACAUAUAGCCUUUUUCGAUUACAUCUGAAAUUUUGGCUUAUUAGUAAUCAGACUUGUCAACACUGAAGUUUUACUGUUGACCGUUUGUGUUAGUCGUGAAUCUUUCCUUGUUUAUUAUUUGUAUGACCAUGCCAAUGAUGUUGAAAAUUAUCUUUAUAUGCAUCUAACAAAUGUUUUAACCGGUUGCACUGACAGUGCAUGCUAUU